GCGGAGCUCGGCGGGAGAGGUGCAGGCAGGAGCCGAGCUGAGUGGGGAGGAAUCCAGCCGUAGAAAGCGGACUGCAGCCGGCGGACCCCGCAGCCCUCGCCUAGGACAGCCAGCCGCGCGCUGGACAUCGCUCGAGGGAGCUGCGCGCAGCGCAACCCGCGGAGCCGACCCGGAGCCCCGUGCAGUCUGGGCAGCGCAGCGCAGCCCUGACUGCGCAGCUCGCCGCGCUCCAGCCGCCGGUCCGGGCAGCAUGAGGCGCCCGGCGCUCUGGCUCUGGCUCUGCGCGCUGGCGCUGCGCCUGCAGCCGGCCCUCCCGCAAACUGUGGCUGUAAACGUGCCCCCCGAGGAUCAGGAUGGCUCUGGAGAUGACUCCGACAGCUUCUCUGGCUCGGGCGCAGGCGCUCUGCCAGAUAUCACCGUGUCACAGCAGACCCCCUCCACCUGGAAGGACAAGGGGCUCCUGACGGCCACGCCCACGGCUCCAGAGCCCAGCCGCCCGGAUACCACGGUCACCUCCACCUCCAUCCUGCCGACUGGAGAGCAGCCUGAGGGGGGCGGGCUGGUGCUCCUAGGAGAGCUGGAACCUGGCCUCACUGCCCAAGAGAAGGAGGCCACCCACCCACCCAGUGGGACCACGCUGCAGCCAACCACCCACCGGGCAUCGACAGCCAGAGCUACCACGGCCCAGGGGCCUGCUGCCACCUCCCAUCCCCACAGGGACGUGCAGCCUGACCACCACGAGACCUCAGCUCCCACAGGUCACGGUCAGCUCGAGCCUCAGGCUCCCAGCGUGGAGGAUGGGGCUUCUGCUACCACCGAGAAGGCUGCUGAGGGUGAAGCCCCCACCCAGCUCCCAGAAGGAGAGGGCUCUGGCGAGCAGGACUUCACCUUUGACGUGUCGGCGGAGAACUCAGCCGGGGCCACUGUGGAACCUGGCCAGCGGAAUGUGCCCCCAGGGGAUCCCGGGGCCACGGGGGCCUCGCAGGGCUUCCUGGACAGGAAGGAAGUGCUGGGAGGGGUCAUUGCCGGAGGCCUCGUGGGACUCAUCUUUGCUGUGUGCCUGGUGGGUUUCGUGCUGUACCGGAUGAAGAAGAAGGACGAGGGUAGCUACUCCUUGGAGGAGCCGAAGCAAGCCAAUGGCGGGGCCUACCAGAAGCCCAGCAAACAGGAGGAGUUCUACGCCUGAUGGGGAGGGUGCCCCUCCCCUCCCCCUGCCACUCGCUAGGCCCCCACUUGCCUUUUCUGUGAAGAACUGCAGACCCUGCCCUCCUCCACCGCGCCACCUUCCUGGCGCACCCAGCCCCACCGGCGGCCCCCUCCCCGCGGAGUCCUGGGCGUGCCGGGGAGAGGGCUCAUCUCCGCUUCUCUGACUUCUGCCUGGAGACUUGGGCACAAGGGCUUUCUCGCAUAUGACCGACCUUUCCAUCACAGCCGGCACCUGGCAGCCCACCACGCUGACCCAGUUUCUCCAAACCGGAGCAGCCCAUCCCCAGGCCUAACUCUGGAGAGAAGGGGACCCCGCUGCUCGGGACCCGGAUGGCUGGAAGAUGCUGUGGCUGAGGGCUGACACGUCUGUAGCACUUACUGGUAGAGACCAGCGGGCCUGGCUGGGGGUGUGUCCCGCUGAGUGGUGGGGACAGGAGGUCAGGGCUCUGUCAGAAUUCACUUUGUUUUGUGGAGAGGUCUAAUUUAGGUGUCAAUUUGUUUUUGCACAUGUUUCCUCUAGUUUCUUUGUUUAUAGCCCAGUAGACUUCGUUACUUCGGAGGUAAGUUAAAUAAGUUGAUUUGGUUAUCCCCCAUCCUGCUUCCCUAAUCUAUGGUCAGGAGACAGCAUCAGAGUUAAGAAGACUUUUUUUUUUUUUUUUUGGGGACUAGGAGAACCAAAUCCAGAAGCCAACAUGUAGGCUUAGUUCGUGUGUUGUCUGUUGAGUUUGUCCCUCACGUGUGCAACAGGGUAUGGAAUGUCUGUUGGGCGGCCCUGUUGGUGGGCUGUCCCAUCCUGGCUGCCGCGGGUGGUCACCUCUUUGAGCAGUCGUGCCUGUGUCCAUGAACUCGGGGCCAGGGCCAGGGCCCAAGCGGCUGCGAUGCUGGGGAGCCUGUGUGAGAUUUGAAUCCUGGAGCCUUAGGCUUGGGGAUCGAGGAGAGUGGACCAAGCCCUUCCUUUGAUGCCAUCUCUGGGGGACACUUUCUCCUGGAAGGUGACGAGAGGGGUCUUGGCCCUACCUGCCACUGAGCUGCCCCACGAAGGACCAGGUUCGCUUCGAUUGGCUCCUGUGGCCCGACUCUGGGCUGGAAUCAGGAAUGUUCCAAAGAGUUGAUAGUCUUUUGCUUUUGGCAAAACUCUGCUUAAUCCAAUGGGUUUUUCCCUGUACAGUAGAUUUUCCAAAUGUAAUAAACUUUAAUAUAAAGUA